GAAUGCAUAAGCGCAUUAAACCAAAUCGGCGAAAUAAUUUAGGUGUCGAUAUAGAACUGCGGUAUUCUUUCAUAUUUAAUCUCUUCUUGGAUGGAUUUUAAAUCACUUGAUGAACUAAAGAAAGAGUUGAAGGAAUUGGAGGAUUCUCUUCAUAAAGGCGAGCUUCUCCUAGAAAACAAACGCAAGGACAUCUCGACAUUUAACAGCAACAUUGCUGAAAUAGAAAAAGAUAUUGAUGCCUUAGAUUCCUCUAAAUUGUGCUCACAGGACAGAGCUCGAGAUUCUAGCCGACGAAAACAAAUAUACUUAAAUGAACAGGCAAAAUUUUCGCCCCAGUCUCCACAGCUUUCCAGGGAUGCAUAUGUUUCCCAACUUAUUGAUAGAGAAGCAAAAUACGAUUCCAUUUCAUCAGAAGCGCAUCAAUUGUCAGAGCGCAUAAAAGAGCUGCAGGAAAAACCUGCCGAGGCUCAGAAGCGUCUGACUGUCGCCCGUUUAAUGACUAUGCUCGAUGACCUGCAGGCCUCACUGCUGCAAAAGGUAAAUGAAACUCCCGCUGGAGAGGAAACCCGCCCACACGAACUUCUAAAGGCUAUUCAAGAACUGUCCAGGGAAAGGGAGAAGGAGCUGUUUCUUUUGAGAAAAAGGGAACAUGAAAUUAAAGAAAGUAUUCGUUUGAAAAAGAAACGUAUUAUUGAGCUGCGUAGUGAGUCGGAUCGAAAUAUCGGCACACUUCGUGAGUCAUGUGAGUAUGAACUAAUGGGAAUAACAGGGCGAAUUCAAAAAGAAAGAAGGGAUUUAAUGAAUGAAAUUCAACGUUUAGAGGGAACGAAUAAUCACCUGGCACGGGUUAUUCAGGAUACACGUCUCUCAGGCGAUGCAUCCACCUCGGAUCGCACUGUUUCAUUACCAGCGGACGUUGUCAUGGGUGUUUCUCAAGAUGUAGAAGCUGAGAGUAAAGAUCUAUGCGAGCGAAUUACUGCUACUAAUAGGGAAAUGCAACGACUGAUGCAGAAUACUAAGACGCUCCAAGACAAAAUGAAUGACGAAGCUCUAAAGUAUAAUAACAAAAUGUCCCAAACAAAGAAGGAGAUAUUUUUGUAUCAGGAUGAAAUUAUGAAAAUGGAAGAAGAAAACAAAUCCCUGAAAGACCUGUGUGACUCACUGGCAGCACAGUUACAAGAAUAGCUGUUGCACCUUUAUUUUAUUAUCCCAAAAGAGUGGAUCAUCAUUCCAUUAUCUCUUUAUAUAAGCUGCUUUUGUAUUUUUUCUUUGUUUUAUCUACCUA